AUGCAGGCUACAGUGACACCCCCCUUCUCCGCCACAACCAUCACCAUCAUCAGCAGAUCGAUACCUCAUAUCCGGAGCCCCUGCCCGCAAUGCGCCGGCCGAACAUCCUCCCUCUCGACGCGCCAGUUCUCGAGCACGCGACGCCGGGAUGCUCUUGUAAAGAAUAAUGUCACGAAUAUUGACUCGCGGCUCCCCAGGCAGAGCUCGAUGAAAAGCCAAGUUCACAAGGCCAGCAAACAGCAGAUGGGCAACGACCUGGGGAAACUGCCACAGACAUUGAUCCUUCCGCCGUCAAGCGAACUACCGCCUUGGACGACUCUCAAGAGAACAAAGAUCCAUUGGCUGCAACUGAAGACGGCGUUCAAGGACUGGUGGUCACUGGUAGUGUUCCUGAAAUGGGACGCCAAGCGCGACCCUCUGACGGGCAAAAAGAUGAGGAGACCCAUGGAGCUGGACAAGAGGAGGGACUAUGCCCAGGUACUUCAUGAGCAGUUCCACAUCGCGCUGGGCAAAGGGGACAUGAGGGCCUUGCAGGCCAUGUGCUGCGAGGGCUUAGCCGGCGCGGCGAGGACGCGCAUCGAGAAGCGCAAGGCCCUGCGCAAGAACGUCGAGCGGUGGGAGCUCCUGGGCUACUUCGGGAUCGGCUACCCGGCCUGGCUCGACAAGUGGCCGCUCUCGCCGUUGCUGCCCAACCACCAUGCCCGCGUCGUGUCGGACCGCCUGGCGCCCUUGCCCGUUGCAGACUCGUACAUUCGCCAGUGUAUCGUGCGAAUCCGCAGCAGGCAGCAGUACCAGCUCGCAGAUAUGGACAAGAGAACGACGCACAGGCACACAGAUUACGUGGUCAUCCAGAAGAUCACCACCAAGGGCGAGGAGGGCCACUGGAGACUCUGGGGGUUGACCGAGCCGACGACCAUGGAUGAGAUUGACACCAUGCUGGCGGGCGGCACGAAAGACGUGGGAGUGACGCUGGUCGAGAGGAUCCGGGACAAGAUAUCCAACUUGGCGGGCCUCUAA